AUGAAACACGAACUUGGAUACACUAGUAUUCCAAUUGCGCUUCUCAUACUACCAUUAUAUCCAGAGAAUCGAAACACAUCAGAAAUGGAGUUUCCUAUUCCCAGUCCUUGGAUCUGGGCUCAUUUCAAAUAUUCCCGGGCCGAUGAAGGAUUAAGUGCAUACGAGCUGCUCUACAAGACGCUUCAGAUUGCGGAGCACGAUGCACAUGACACCUUCAUUGAUACUCGGAAUGAGUUUGAAUCGCCGCUUAUCAAAGACGUCCCAAUGCUUUCCCUCCAGAUACAUGGCAUAUUUCAAUCUUCAAAGGAGGCGGCUACAGAAGUCCGGAAUUUUUUACGACACUGGACAGUGGAUAUCACCCUCGAUAUUCCUAUAUCUUUCGACAAAGAUCUCAUAUUUGCCAACCCACUUGGCAUUAAUCAUGCCAUAUACAUUUAG